GCAGCGGCGGCAGCAGCGGCGGCAGCAGCGGCUGCUCCGGUGCCGUCAGUUCGAACCCGAUGGUUGCCGAGCAGAGCGCGAAUUUGGCGCUCUCGCUCGAGCUGACAGCGGAGGGGGACAUCUGGCGGUGCUCCAACCCGCUCGCCCUCCUCCUCGGCACACCGCGAGGCCAGCGCCACCUCCUCUUUGGACUCCGUUUGCUGCAGCCGACGCGCGACACUCCGCCCUUUGUCGACCCGGAGACACUUGCCCCCUUCGCCGCCGCUUUCGAGGCGAUGCUGCGACGGCUGCGGCACGAGUCGUCUCGCGCGGGCGCAGAGAGUCAGACUCCGACCGAGGGGCUGCUGCGCGUGCAUGUGGGCCGCGACGAGCCGCUCCACUUGCGGUACUCGUUCGAAGAGACGACCCGGCUGACGGACCACUCGGUGGCGCUGCAGCCGAUGCACGAGGGGCACGCGGCGGUGACGGUGCUCUUUACGGACGUGAGCGCGGGCGAGGCGGCCAAGGAGUUGGUGCGGAGGAGGUACGAGCUGAGCUACAACUUGCAUGGCGAGCAGCGGAUGCGCGGCGACGACGCGCAGGUUGCGGUCGCGGCACUCUUCGGCGACGACUUCUCUUUCAACCGCGCCGGAACGCAGGCGCCGCUGCACGAGGGCAGCGCGAGCAGGUCCGGCCUCGCAAACUACCUCGACCGGCGCGCGCUCUUCGUUCGAGCUUUCCCCGACAUCCACUUUCAGAUCCUCGAGCUCUCGGCGAUGGGCGAGCGAGUCGUCACCUCCUUCCACUGGACCGGACCGCACACCCCGGACCGCACUCACACCGGCCCGUACCAUGCCGAGAUCGACGGCGAGUUCCGCGACAUCUCCCCGACCGGCGCGCGGGUCUUCGUCUACGGCAUCGCCAGCGACACCAUCCGCGGCACCAAGAUCGUCGACCACGCCGCCUACUACGACGCGGCGGCCAUCGUGCGCCAGCUGCUGCCGAAGGGGUCCAAGGGUGAGGGUGCGCCACCGAGCCCCGCCAAGCGGCCGUCGACGGACUCGGACUUUGCCGAGGCGCGCGGGAUUCCGACGAGCGACCAGGCCGACGAGACGGAGCGGGCGGCGAGGGAGCAGAUGCAGCGUUUCUUCGCCGACAAGGUGCCGCAGCUCCUCGCGACGGCGAGCGACGUCGGCAUCGCAAUCUGCGGCAGCGGCGGAGAGGGCGAGGCGGCAGGCGAGGGCGGAGCUCUGCCGAUCGCAGUCGGAUGUGUGUCUUGCGCGCGGGCGCUGGGGCUGCAGUCGGCGGAAGAGUGCCUCGGCGUCUCCCUCGUGUCGCAUUUGGGCGCCAGCGCUGCCGCGGACGUGCAGCCCGACGUGGCAGAGUGCCUCGCCGCGCUGGCCGGGGCCGCUAAGGCGGCACGUCCGGCGCAGCACUUGAUCGCAACGCGGCGGGCGAGCGGAAGCACCGCUCUCUUACUGGCCAGCACAGCGCCGUUCGAGGUUGAUGGGAUGCGCCUGACCGCCGUGCUGCUCGUCGACGUGACUGCCGACCCGAGCUCGCCUCACGCCAUCUCGGAGGCGGCUGCCGCGGUCUCGCACCCGUACUGCAUGCGUGGUGCGCUGCUCAACGGCCUCUCGCGAUCAGGCUCCGCCUCGGCCUUCUGCGCGCGCCUGCUGACCGCGGCGGUGCAGUGUUGGCGCGACGUGGGCUUCAGCCUCGCCGACAACGCCACGCCCAAUAAGGCGAUGGUGUGGGUGUCGGACGGCUUCGUCGCGAUGACGGGGUACCGGCGCUCGCAGAUCGUCGGCCGGAGCUGCAAGCGGCUGCAGUGCGAGGCGACGGACCCGCACUCCAUCCUCCGCCUCGGCGAGGCCAUACGCGCGGGCCGGGGGGAGCGGGUGACGCUCUGGAACGCCACCGCGAGCGGCGGAGGUUUUUGGAAUUGCGUAUCGGUGCAUCCGAGCCGGAACGGGCGGUACUUUGUCGCGGCGCAGGUUCGCGUCGGCGCGGCCCUCAACCGACGGAUGGCGGAGCUUUUGCGCUCGAUCGACCGGAGCCGCCUUCUUGCCUCGGGCAAGAGAGGUUUGACGCUUGGUUCUAACUUGGGGAACUGCAUGGGCCGCCUUCCAUGACAUGAGCGUUACUACGGCCCUUUAGAGCCUAGCGUAUGGGCCCCGCUCCCGGAUGGCGAUAUUGUACGUUGCAUGACACGAGUGUAGAGCCGUGUAGCAUGGGGAAGCAAAGCGGGGUGGAACUGGUGAUAGCUGAUAGCGUAAAGUGAAGCGUUCGUAUCUCGCAGCUCGCGUGUUGUCUUUUUUCGUGUGACUGUGUGUUCUCUCUCUUUUACCUCUCGUGUCUCG